UGUCAUUCUACCCGAUGCCCGUGGAAAGUGGAAGUUGAAGGAGGAAGGUGGCGGGAAAAGGAUAUUAGAAGUGGAGAUUGACAAGAUAAAAAGCUCAAAUCAAACUUUACAUCAAGAUCUGACAUAGUCACUUGGUUCAUCAAGAUUUGUAUAUCAUCAGCCUUUGAAUGUGCACGGUUAAAAAGGAUGUUAGAAGGGGAGGAUUUACGGUCAGGCAACUGAAACCAAACAUUACAUCAGGAUCUGAUGGAGUCGCCCAAUUUAUUGUAACCUGAAUAUCAUUGGAUUUUGAACAUGGAAGGAAAAACCACCAUUCACAGUGGGGAGACACCGUACAUGUGCUCUGUUUGUGGACAAGGCUUCAGCCGAUCCUCUGACCUACUGAAACACAAGCACAGUCACACUGGGGAGAAGCCAUGGAAAUGUGAGGACUGCGGAAAGGGAUUCAAUUAUCCAUCUCAGCUGGAAACUCAUCGGCGCAGUCACACUGGGGAGAGACCAUUCACCUGCUCUGAGUGUGGGAAGGGAUUCAAUCAGUUAUCCCAAUUGCUGACCCACCAGCGAAUUCACACUGGGGAAAGACCUUUCACCUGCUCCCAGUGUGGGAAGGGAUUCACUCAAUUAUCCCACCUGCUGACACACCAGCGAGUACACACUGAUGAGAGGCCCUUCAAAUGCCCAGAUUGUGGCAAGAGGUAUAAAAGUUCUGGGAACCUGAUGACCCAUCAACGUGUUCACACUGAUGAGAGACCAUUCAGGUGCUCUCACUGCGGGGCUGGGUUCAGGCGAUCAUCUCAACUCACUGACCACCAGCGAAUUCACACUGGGGAGAGACCGUUCACUUGCUCUGACUGUGGGAAGGGAUUCAGUCAUCCAUCCAACUUGCUGAGACACCAACGAAUUCACAGUGGGGAGAGGCCGGUCACCUGCUCUGAGUGUGGGAAGGGGUUCACUGAUUCAUCCAGUCUGCGGGCACACCAGCGAGUUCACAUGGGGGAGAGACCUUUCAUCUGCUCUCAGUGUGGGAAGGGAUUCAUUCAUCCGUCCAACCUGCUGAUACACCAGCGAGUUCACACCGGGGAGAAAGCAUUCACCUGCUCCGAGUGCGGGAAGGAAUUCGCUCAGUCAUCCCACCUGCUGACACACCGGCGUGUUCACACUGGUGAGAGACCUUUCAUCUGUCCUCAGUGUGGGAAGGGAUUCAAUCACCCAUCAAACCUGCUAAGACACCAGCGAGUUCACAAGUAACUGCAGUGGUGGGAUUUUGCUGUUAAUCAUAUGUAGGACCCAUUUGGGGUCUGUUUCUGCUGAUGUUCAGAAACUCCAGCCCAGUUAUAGGUGUUAAUAUCAUGGAUGAAAGUCAAAUAAAUCAGCUUGGUGUUAAA